AUGGCGACUGGAUCUGUUACUGCAAAUUUCGAUGCGAACAUGUUCUUCGACUUCGAUCAAACCAAAUCUCAUCAUCAUCCCUCGAGACUCAUCUCUGUUUGCAUCAAUCUCUUCCACGAAUCCGACGGAACCGUCUCUCAAAUCCGUUUGGAGGGUCUCAAAAGCCACGAAUUCAGCCCGAACCAUCUCUUCACGCUCAUCGAUCCUCGUCUCGAUAAUCAUCUCUUGUCCGAUAAUAUCGCCGAGACCAUCGCUAAUCAAGCGCUUCUUGAAGACGAAGGGUUUCUACAACCUAACUUCAUGUCCAGUAACUUCCUUUUGCCGAAAGAUAAGUUUGAGGAAAAAGAGACCCAAAAGGAGGAAGAAGAAGGGGAACCGACAUGUGCGAUCUGUUUUGGGGAUUUGCGUGACGAAGAAGACAAUGAAACGAAGAGAGUUUCGCUGAAUUGUUCGCAUCAGUUUCAUAUUGGAUGUAUCGGCGAGUGGUUAGUGAGGCGUAAAUCUUGUCCUCUCUGCCGUGGAGUUGUGUGCAAGGAAUUAUGA